AUGGAACCGCCCCCUCCGAGGCAGCGCCGGCAGUGGGCGUUAGGCAACGAGAGAGUCACGCUGGCAGAGCUUGCCGCCGCUGGUGUGAAAACUCCUGAGAGAGACCCCUGGCCCCAUUCACACCAUCUCGACUAUGCCCCCCACCGGACCACCCACUCUGCCGGUAGCUCAAAAGCAGAGGCGCUCUUUCCGGACCGCCGGACGAGUGCCGAGUCCCAUCUGGACUCCAGAAGAACGUCCGAGAAGCGCGUUUCGCACGGGGGGUUCCGGGAACGGGAACAGGGGUUUAAUCUGCAGCUAAGUGGGGCCAAUGAGGAGCGGGUAAAAGCGCAGCUGAAAAGGCAGGUGCAGGGGGGGGGUAGAAGAAGCUCUGGGCAUGGGGGGGGUACCGAGGACGAGCACCGACGGAGGCGGAAUUGGCAGCGGGCGCAACAGCUGGUGAUUAGAACAGACGACGGGGCGGCGCUUCCGGUCGAGGAAACUAGAGGGGGGAGAAAGUCGAGAGGGGAGGUGGAGGUGGAGACAGGUGCAGAAGCGGGGAAAACGGGAGGCGGAGAAAACGGAGCAGAAGACAGCCUGAAAGAUGGCAGUCAGUCAGCGGGGGUGAAUGAAGACGAACUUGGCGGCCAAGAGAAAGGAGAUGGGGGAGGGAAAGAAGGGGAGAGGAGCCGGAGUGAGGCGGGGAGAGAUCUGGAUCGUAGGGAGAUCGGAGACGUAGGCAAAAAAAGGGGUGCUGGACAUGUGGCAGAAGUUCGGGGCUUAAAUGAAGACGCAGACUUCACGGUUGUGCAAGAGAUCGUCGAGCCAGACAGACUCCUUGGGACAGAACUUUCGGUGGUCGAGAAACCCCACUUCGAGAGGCAUGCUGCCACUGAAGCUGGAAAGGGUCGGGAUGCGGCGACUGGUGCGAACCUUUGUGUUAGCGCGUCAUACGAGUCGGAGGACUUCGAAGCCUACGAAGAGUCCUUUGAGGAGGACUUCAGCCUGGGUGAAGAGGGGGGGAUGGAAAGCGAACGGACUCAGCAUGCAGAUGCCGAGACCCCCCUCCAAGUCGCCAGCAAAGGCACCCCCCCGAACCGAGAAAGUAUAGAUCAAACGCCUCUGGAGAGCCCACAGAGCGUUCCGGUGCCUCCAUUAGAAACGGUCGACUCCCCUGACAUGAUCCGGAGCUUCGAUGCCAAGAGUGCGCGCUUUGGAGACCGGAGUCCUUCGUCCCGCCCAGCAGAACAAAACGGAACGGCCGGAAGGAGCGGAAGCGGAACGGCGGCGAGCAGCGUCACAUAUAGCAGCGUCCAAGAUUGGGGAACGGUUCGAAGUGAAGCGUUCGGUUCGAUGGAGGUGGUAGAUGUUUCUGAAGAAGCAGAUGGGGGAGAAACUUACGUUACAGUCACAGCUGUACCCCGGCCCAGUGCGAUGAAGAGAAAAGAACUAGAAGUGGAAGAAAUUGAGGAGGAAGAGCUUUCUGAGGUCGAGAGUCCUGGUGGCGCACAACUAGAGCUGGAAACCAGUGCGGUUGUGGAGGAGUCGGACUCGAGUCCAGACGAAUCAGCCCCAACCCCAACUAGAAGCGGGCAUUUUGUGGAGGAGAAAUACUCUCCAACGAAGGUGUCUCCAGGAAUCACGUUCGCAGGCAGUCCGCUUGGCAAGCCCGGAAGGGUCCGUCCGCUUUCUGCUCUGUCGAACCCGAAGCCGGCGGAAUCCGUGCCGAGGGCGCCCUUGACGGCGAGGAACGGAACCAAGCCGGGAACGGAUGUCAGUCUCGUGCUGGAGGCUGUGAGGCGGGAGAAUGCCAAAGCGCUCGCGGCGCAACUGGAGCGUCUGGCGCAGGGGCAAAGGGCGGAGGAGCGGAAGAGCGAAACGGAGGCGGAACGGAGGGAAAGCAGAUCCGAUGAACGAGAGAUUGGAGGGUUGGAGAAAGAGGGUCGUGCAAGGCGACCUUCGAGGAAUGGUGAGGAGGAGGCGGUCGCCCGAAUGCAGAGUUUGGGAGGGAAGCCAGCAAAGCCCCUUCUUCCGGAGCUGAACGAGCGGCUGCGGCUGCUUGACACGCAAAAGCAGGAGUACCUCUUGGAGGUGAUCCAGAAGCUGGAGCGGUGUCAAGGCCCCGAGGAGCGUGCGGAACCCGGGGACGGUUUCAGUAACACCAGAAGCACGAGUCCCGGGUCCGGAAAAGCCGGUGAUGCCAGCGCGGUCGCUGAAAGGAGGAGAGCUGAGCUGGCUGCGCAAUGCUCCUCAGGGCUGUCAACUCCGGGCGUUAAGCAAACCGGUCUCCCUCACGAACGCCCCCCAAAAAGUCCUGGCCGAGGAACGAUUGCGCAGCCCCUAACCCCCGAACCCACGUCAGUGAUGCGCGCACCCUCUCCAAGUCUGCGCGCGCCGCACGACGCCACAGCCCAAAGGGGUUCUAGAACAUCCUUUUCCUCCUCCAAAACACCUCCGAAAUCGACCACCGGGGCAAAGACUGGACACCAGACGGAACCGUCGGAUCUUUUACCAACGAACCCUUCCUUCUCGAAAGACAGCCCUUCCCCACGAGCAGGCAGGAGACGCGUCAGCAUGGACGAUGACGUCACCAGAACUACCUCGUACCGCGGCGAACCGGGUGCCGAGGCCUCGCUUUCUUCCACCGCCCCUGUGUCGUCCUCCCUAACCCCCGCCCCGGUUAGCGCAAACCGACCUUCCCGAGACGCGGAAGCACUGGCCGGGGGGAUCCUCCUGGGGCCCCGCAGCCGCGCCGGGAACCGCUCGCCAUUCCUGAACGUCAUCACGACCGACACGCCGUCCCCAACGUCAUCCCCCGAGUCCGUCUUCGGGGUGACGUCAUCUUCGGGGCAGCCCGGAAAGGGUCGCAGGGGGAAGGCCACAGAAACAGAACGGAACGGUGGGCAGUCCGUAACGGAACGGAACGAUGCAAACGGAGCGGAGAUGGAGUCGAGUGGCCGUUCCGGUUCCGCUGUCCGCCAUUCGCGGCGGUCCUCCCUUGGGCUGGAGGGUCGCUCGGCGGUCCGUUCCGGCGCUCGGUUGAGCGGAACGGGGGAAAUGUCGCUGGCGCAGCGCGCUAGCGGAAGGCGGUCAGUCAAUCGGACGUCCGACGGCGAUCCAAAAAUGUUGCGUCCAUCUGACCGGUCCGAGGAAAGAGGCUUAAGUCUUAACCGGGGGCACGAGACUGCGCGCGCAGUCUAUGUCGGGGAUAGCGUAUCGCCCGGUAAAGAGUCUCCCAACGAGGCCUUUCGACCGAGGGGCCGGUCUCGAAUGGAGACGCCUUCCGUCGAGGAGGCACCGGAAGGGUUCCGCCGGAAGGGGCGCGACCGGCGCGCACCGUCCGCGCUGGAGCAGUCGCUCGACUCGCUGGCGUUCUUCCGGCACUCGCACGCGGGGCGGCUCCACAUUCCGGCGGAACCGCUCCCGUGUCCGGAACCCCUGCCCGAUGUGUAUACGCCCGAAGGGCAGGAAGGGGUGGUUUCGGUAGAGAAGCUAGGCGGAGAAAGAACGGAAGAACCGGACUCGGAGCGAGGCGUUCUGGCCGGCGGCCGGAAGUCUGCGCUCGGCGGAACGGAACUUGGAACGGGCCUGCAGCGGGCAGGUUUCCGGCCGGCUUCUCGAGCGGAAAAAGAGGCGGACAAGAGAGAUGCACGGAUCGCCGACGCUCUGGUGGAGCCAAGCUGGCUUGCUCCUGCGCAGCCGACGGGUGUAAUAACCCCUCCGGGAGUUAGCGGCGCGAGACUAGACAGGGGAGCGGAAGACGACGCUCUUUCGUCGUUCGUUCACCCGGCUGAGAGUCUGGACGUCACGCCUGCCCCCGAGGAGCCACGUGGCAAGCUGCUACAGGCCUCCGUUCCGAUGCCGACUUCCUUUACCAUUCCCUGCGAGCCACGUGGCAGUCAGCUGACGGUCCACAUCUUGGAGAACUGGGGCGACCCGUUCUAUGUCGGGCUUUCCGGGCUGGAGCUGUUCGACUCCGCCGGAGAGCCGCUCUCGUUCCGCUCCCUCGAGAAGCAGCUCCGGGCGGAACCGCCGGAUCUGAACAUCCUGUCCGGGUACGGUUCGGACCCCCGGACGGUGGACAAGCUGCUGGACGGUGUGAACUGGACCUGCGACGACUUACACCACUGGCUGGCCCCAUUCACACCCGGCGAGGCGGUCAGCAUCCACGUCAGCCUCGAUGACGUCACGACGCUGGGCAUGAUCCGGGUGUGGAACUACAACUGCAGCCGGAUCCACUCUUUCCGGGGGGUCAGGACAAUCGAGGUUAGGUUAGACGACCGAGUUAUCUUUGUGGGGGAGGUUAGGAAAGCGCCGGGGAUCAUGGAGGGCGCACUGCGAUGCGCCGAGUGUGUGCUCUUUACGGAGAGUGAGAACGCGCUCUCUGCGCUGGAGAGAUACGACCUGAAGCGCUACAGCGAUACGGCAAACGCCCUUAAGGCGGCCGCCGACACUUCCGGAAGCGUUGUGGAGAGCUUGGAUCUUGACAAGUUUUGAACAGAAUUGGCGCCUGGCUGGCCCUGACAGCAUCGAAC